UCGAAUUUCACCUUCACGCCAUAAUCGAGGUGAGCGAGACCACCGAAACGCCUAAAACCACAGGCAACCUGAAUGUGACAUGGAACGACGCCUUCCUACAGUGGGACCCGAAUGACUAUGGAGGCAUCUUUCGCUACCAUUGGCCACAGAAAGAGGUUUGGAAACCAGACAUUGCGCUGAAAAACUCGUAUCUGGAUUACAAGUUGCUUGGAGUAAACGAGCUUAACAUUGUGAACUUUUAUGACGGUUCCAUGGUUUGGAGACCAUUUUAGGUUUUCCAGACAACGUGUUCCAUGGACAUAACUUACUUCCCAUACGACCAACAGACUUGCAAUUUGCAUUUCCAGACAUGGAGUUACUCUAGAGACCAGGUGAAUAUCUUGAGCGAUGUGGAUAGUAUCGUGUGUUCCGAUUUCCAGGAGAACUCCAACUGGGAUGUUGUUAACACAAGUUUGAGCAUCGGGGUCGACACAUACGAAGCCACAAUAAGCUUUACGCUAACAAUAAAACGUAAACCACAGUACUUUAUUCUGACGGUUAUUUUACCUAUAACCAUGCUGGCCUUCUUGAAUAUUUGCGUGUUCAUGCUGCCGUGUGAGAGUGGAGAAAAAGCCAGCUACGCGAUGACGGUGUUCCUCGCGUUCGCUGUAUUUUUGACGAUCGUGUCCUCCACUCUGCCGCAAAAUUCCGACUCCAUCGCGAUAAUUUCAAAGUUUCUUAUAAUUCAGACAGUCACGAGUACUUUGAUAACGUGGGCUGCCCUUUUCAUGGCGCGUCUGAAUACCUAUGGGGAGGAGAUGAAGAUUCCUGGGUGGUUUGCUUCAGUCAUGCGAGUUAUGAAGUAUCUUACGUGUCGGCGAAAACGGCAUCAAAUUGCGCCAAUCGAAUGCGCUAACGAAGAGGUGGAAAGUGAAGUUGAUGAGAAAGUUCCACAUAAAAGUGAUCAGAAAACCGUUGAACCAGAGUUCACAUGGAAAGAAGUUGUUCACAUUAUAGAUGAUUUUUGUUUUAAGUUUUUUUCAAUUUUUAUGUUUUUAUCGGCCGUUAUCUGUUUUCCAGUGGCGUCUACAAGUAGCUAAACCACAACAACCCAAUGCGCAAGUGGUUUUUAUAUCUAAUUCGAAAGUAAUAUAAUUGUUAGCCAGUUUCGGCAAAGUGAAUAAGAGUAUGCAAGUUUACCUUUUAAAUUUGUUUUAAACACUCAAUAAAUAGUUAAUUUAAAUUCUUGACCGUACGAUAGUUAUUCGAUCGCUCACUGAUAAGAUGGCACAAUUUCGAGUUAAGUGGGUUAUUCACCCGAUGUCAACCAAGAUGUUAUGGGGUUUUUUAUAGAAAAUAAUUCUCACCCAAAAAAAUCCUUACAGUCUGCAAACUACACCACAAUGUGACGAAGACUGUUGAAAUCUUAUGCUGAAAGAAUACUGUAUUUAAUUAAGUAAUGGAAAAAGAGGUAUUUGUUAUAUGUUUGUAUGUCGAUACAUAAACCAGUAUUGUUGUAUCGUCAACUUCUUAUCACUUCUGUUUGUCUGAGAGUACACUACUUUGUUGUUGAAUGGUGUACCAGGUGGAUUAAAGCAAUUGAGAAUAGAAGAACACACAAUAUAGCUACACUCGCUUACAGCUGCAAAGAAUAGCUUUCACUGUAUGUUACAUACUUAUUGUUGAAAAGGUUUCCUAACAAGGGAUAAUAUCUAUUCAAAAUUGUUUCAAAUUUAUAUACAUAUACAAGUAUCAUAAAAUUAUGUCAAACACAUACAACUACUUGUUUGUUUUGUGUGAUGAAUUUGUUAAGGUGUUACGAUUUGGGACUUUCAUUAAUAUUCUUACACAGUGGUAGGUGCUGAUAUUGUCAGGACGGUGGCCGGGCUUGGACAUCAGUUAUUGGUAGGGAUUGACCCAACAUUAGGAGCAACCAUGUCUUUGUACGUUACUGUUUCUGAUAAAAGCAGAUCAAUCUAUUAGUAAUAAAAUUAAAUGAUAAAUUAAUUACCUCCUCCUGGCAAUACUUUCAAAAGAUAUUUUCUAGCGAUCGAAAUUAAUUAUAACAUUUUUACAAACUACACAUCACUGUAAAAUGCUGCAAUUUCUAUGUACAUAUAAUGCUACUUACUAUUUUGCUGUUUAUCCAUACUUUAUACUCUUGAAAGUACUAACCAUUUUACAGUGAUAUAUCAACUAGAGGAAGCGUGCUCGUGUGGCUUGCCCGUACAGCCUGGAAAACUAGUUGAUGUUAUCACUGCAUACAGUGCUCUAAUCCAUUUUUACUCUUUGUUAUUUUAUGCAUGAAUUUAUUAAGAAAUGGCUUUUGUAAAUAAUUGUUCAAAUAUUGUACCCCUUUAAAACCUUAAUGCUUUUAUUUCCGGAUCACCAGCUCUGUGUUAUGUUUUGAUA